AGUGGAAGGAAAAAGAGGAGAGAAAGGGAUCUUUUUGACCCGUUCCCUUUUUUUAGAGGGGCGGACGGGGGGCGAUGAGAUCGGGGGCGGUGGUCAUGGCGUGGAACGUGUUCAGGUUCUGCACCGCGCUGCGGGGCCUCGGCUCCCUUAUGAUCCUCAUCGUCCUCGGCAUCGUUGGUGUCAGCUACUACGCCGUCGUCGUCGCCAUUUACGGCCCCGCCCUCCUCACCGCCGGCUGGCUCGAUUCGCUCCUGGCCGUCGGUGUCUUGGUCCCCUUCCAUCUCCUGCUAGGAUUGCUUCUAUGGGCCUAUUUCUCUGUUGUCAUCACGGACCCUGGCAGUGUUCCACCACAUUGGAAGCCUGUCAUUGAUGAGGAGGAAGGAGAAACUGCUCCACUAGCCAACUCGGAGUUCACUAGUCAUAUUCUGAAUUUGCAACAACCAGGACCCGUUGCGGACACAGGUAGCCCAAGGAUAAGAUACUGCAGGAAGUGCAACCAGUUGAAGCCACCUCGUUGCCAUCAUUGUUCUGUUUGUGGGAGAUGUGUACUAAAGAUGGAUCACCACUGUGUGUGGGUUGUAAAUUGCGUGGGAGCUUUAAAUUAUAAGUUCUUUCUUCUUUUUCUGUUUUACACAUUUCUUGAGACGACUCUUGUUACUGUUUCACUAUUUCCCCAUUUUAUUGCUUUCUUUAAAGAUGUGGAGAUCCCUGGAACACCAGGAACACUUGCAGCUACGUUUAUUACAUUUGUGUUGAAUCUGGCUUUUGCAUUAAGUGUUCUUGGGUUUCUUGUCAUGCACAUAUCUUUAGUGAUGAAGAAUACUACAACCAUUGAGGCAUAUGAGAAGAAAACAACUCCAAAAUGGAAGUACGAUCUCGGUCGAAAGAAGAACUUUGAACAGGUGUUUGGAACGGAUAAGAAAUACUGGUUCAUCCCUGCAUAUUCCGAGGAAGAUUUGAGAAGAAUGCCAGCCCUGCAAGGACUCAAGUAUCCCACAAAGCCGAAUCUGGAUGUACAGUAGCUCUAAAAGGUUGAUGUGGAAAUGGAAAUCUCCCUCUUCCUCUUCUGCAACAGACGUAGGCCCGAGAAAUAGCUUUGUACAUGCAGACCACUGAUCUUUCGCGGCUGUUCAGCAAGCACAUCUCCUAUCACAAUCUCUUCCAAAAUUUAACAUCAAAUGUGUAAGCAAGAUAGUUGAGAAAUAAAAAUAAAAAAAAACAAUGUGUUACUCCAAAUUUGUCGAAGUUUGAUGGCAUUCCGACAAGAUGUUCACGGUAUA